AUGACUAAGACGGGCUUGCUCCAAGCAGGAGCUUGGAACUACUUGCGUGAAGAGAUCACAGUCGCGCUGGAGUGUCAACGGUCAGUACGCCUAAACAUUCAUCUCGACAUCCGGAGCGCAGUGUCUGGUUCUGAUAGCAUGCACGCGAACAUCAUGACUUACAUUUUGGCACGUGUGAUCAACCUUUGCUUUGGUCAAGACGAAAGCGGACAGACUCUCGCAUUCGAUGAAGACAGUUGGGCGAAGCUAGAUGCGGAACUCAUGUUUUGGAUCGCUGCUGCACAAUACUUCCUGACAUCUAAGACGCUGUUGUCGCUGCAGAACCCCAACACACAGGUUGAUCAGAAGGAUGUGGAGAGAUUGUGCGGCAUAGCCUACACAAAUGAGAACAAAGCUGCCAGAGUCAAUGCUUUCGGACCCAUGGCAUUCUAUUCCUCAUAUGUUCAAUACAACGAAAAGCUCUCACAAAACUCUUACGAAAUAGCAGCCAAGAUAUUGGAUGGCCAGUUCAUCGAAUCGUAG